AUGGAGCUGGAAGCAGGAAUUGCUGCAAUAUCUGAACCUGCAUAUAUUCCAGACAAUGGCAGUAGGUUCUGUACUAUAGAUAAACUAGCUGUUAUAUAUUGGAGGCCGGCAUUAAUUUCCAGUGUUGUCUCCUUAGUACUGAGAGGAAAUAAUUACGUUAUAGCUAAAUUCGGCGAGUUUUAUUUAUGUUCGUGCUAUAUUUCGCGGAACGCUGAUCAUGCUGAGUUUUUAACCUUUCUAGACAAAUUAGGAGAAGCGGUUAGGCAAAUAAAUAGUAAAUUAAUUGUUUGCGGAGAUUUUAACUUUAAGUCAACGAUGUGGGAGGCUAAUAGAACGGAUAGACGCGGCUCUCUGGUAGAAGAUUGGUCGGCUGAAAACGACCUUCGUUUAUUGAACAGUGGCGCGGAACCUACUUGUAUUAGACCACAGGGCAAUUCGAUUAUUGAUCUAUCUUGGGCAACACCUAGCAUAGUAGAGUUUGUGCACGAGUGGCAGGUCCUUAGUGAGAUAUUUACGCUCUUCGAUCAUGCGUAUAUCUCUUUUAAUGUUGGAGCCAGAUCAGUACAACAGCAGUGUAAAGUGAAAUUAAAGUAUCCGAGGUGGAAUUGGAAGAAGGUUGAUUGGGAGAAAUUCCAGACCUCAUUAUCGUGGAGCUGUGCCACUUGGAACGACAAUGUAGCGGAGGCGGAGGAAAUAUUAACAUCGUCAGAGCGUCUUGAAAAAUGGAUCAGAGAUACGAUGUCGCAUGCAUGUGAUGUAGCUGCUAAAAGAUCUGGCAAACCCCCCAGGAAAAAUAAAGCAUAUUGGUGGAGUGAUACGAUAGCAGGAUUGAGAGCGGAAGCAAUUAGAACAUUUAAAGCUUGGAAGAGAAGUCGGCGUAGAAGAAGGGAGGCCUCAGACAACAUCGCUCAGUUUGAGAGAACAUAUCGGAUGGCGCAACGUAAUCUGCGGUACGAGAUAGGCAAAGCAAAGGCUAAAGCCUGGCAGGAAUUGAUAGAGGUCAUAGAAUCGGAUCCUUGGGGAUUACCAUACAGAAUUGUAUUGCGACGAUUAAGAGGAGCAACCCCCAGCAUAACUGAGACGCUGGAACAGGAGAAAUUAAAUAGAUUAUUAACAUCCUUAUUCCCGAUUGGGCUAACCCAUGAUCCGGGAUCUAUAUGGCAAGAAUGGAGUAGUCAUACGGAGUGGCGUGAUGAGUGGUCGGUUAUUCCCAGCGAGAAGAAAGCAGCAGGAAACGUGGCACCUGGUGUUGAUGGUAUCGUGAGUAAGGCGUAG